GGAGGCAGCAAAACACCUCCGCUGCGUUUCGUCUGCUGUAAAUUACACCAACAGAGGAAGAAGAAGCAGAGCCUGAACAGCAGCUGAUUUCGCUCCAGCAAGAGAAUGGACACAAGGUUUACUCGAGGGAAAUCCAACAUCUUAGAGCGGCCCCUGACCCGACCAAAGACCGAAGUCAGCGUGAGCGCCUUCGCCCUGCUGUUCUCUGAGAUGGUCCAGUACUGUCAGAGCCGAGUGUACUCCGUAACCGAGCUGCAGACCCGGCUGGCUGACAUGGGCCAGAGCGUUGGAGCCAGCAUGCUGGAUGUUCUGGUUCUGAGGGAGAAGAACGGAAAGAGGGAGACCAAAGUGCUGAACAUGCUGCUCUUCAUCAAGGUUAAUGUGUGGAAGUCUUUGUUCGGUAAGGAGGCGGACAAGCUGGAGCAGGCCAACGACGACGACAAGACGUAUUACAUCAUAGAGAAAGAGCCGCUUAUCAACGCCUACAUCUCCGUGCCGAAGGAGAACAGCAGCUUGAACUGUGCUGCCUUCACCGCCGGCAUCGUGGAAGCCAUCCUGACUCACAGCGGCUUCCCCGCUAAGGUCACCGCUCACUGGCACAAAGGCACCACUCUGAUGAUCAAGUUUAACGAGUCGGUUAUCGCCAGGGACAAGGCUUUGGAUGGCAGAUAGGAAAGACUGGACACGGUGAAUUGUGUUGUAAAUGGAUAGGGAAUGAGGAUCAAUCAUCAAAGCUCAGGCUGGUGUUUGUUCCUGAUGUGUGGACGACGUAUUGUCCUGGUGGUAACUGAUGAGAAAAGACGACUUUAUGGAUGAAUGACUGCAAUGCACUGAGCCACAUGUAGAGCAGAAAAGACGCAACUAGCUGGUUUUGUGGAUCAUCUCUCACUGGUUUUACCUCAUGAAGUUGUUCAGAUCACUUUUCAUUUGUAGUUUUUUGGUUACAUGUUUAUUUCACAGAUAAUCCAUAAAAGAUAAAGACAUCGGAUCGUAUUGUCACCCCGUCUUUUAGUUGUUUUUUCAUGACUGCAUCUCUGAUUCUUGAGAGUCACCAUAUUUUUUUUAAAAUGGCUUCAAUCAAAUAACCUUAUGGCCUGUUUGUAGACUAAAUAAUGAAUCAGAUAUGUCAAAAUUAGACUGGUACACUGAACAAAAACCUGCUAAAUGGUGGCCAACACAGUUCCACAUUCUUCCUUUUUAAAAUGUUCAUUAAAAAAUAAUGUUUUUUAACAACAAAAUAUUUUAUCUUCCGUUUUUUUCUGAUUCAUUCCAGUUCAGUCUCAGCUUUCAUCUCUGUAAAAUAGCGUCUUAAUCUGGGACAGCGAGGUCGUGUCGUCACUGCUCGUGUUUCUUUUGCUUUUAUUAUAAAUGUGGAAAUUUGAGAUGUCUAAAACACAGGGUGGUUUACAUUCUACUGUUUAAAACUUGAACAUCGAGCACAUUUGAGAGGAUAUGACUACUGUUAAAGGGGAACUUCGUUUUUUUUCAACCUGGGGUCUGUUUCCAUAUGUCAUUUCAUACAUGUGAGUGAUGCAGAAAUGAAUUUUUGACAUAGCUCCAGUAUUUAGCCAGGCAGGCAGCUUAGCAGCUCAGCUAGCAGCUCAGCUAGCGAAAAGUAUGGGGCAACUGGCCCCCCCGCGUCAAAGUCCGCCCUAACGUGCUUUUUACCCCACACUGACCGGCUCAGAUAGUCUCAAUGAGUGUCCCACAACAUACUAGAGAUGAGAAGUGAAUGAAAACCUCCACAUUACCUGGCGAUCGCUCCAAAGAGCUCGCGCGAUUUCGGAACGAGAUUUGCUUUCUUGCGUCUUGAGAUUUGGAUACAGACCACAACAAAGAGCGAUCGCCAGGUAAUGUGGAGGUUUUCGUUCACUUCUCAUCUCUAGUAUGUUGUGGGACACUCAUUGAGACUAUCUGAGCCGGUCAGUGUGGGACAAAAAGCACGUUAGGGCGGCCUUUGAUGCGGGGGGGGGGGCCAGCUGCCCCAUACUUUUCGCUAGCCGAGCUGCUAAGCUGAGCUGCUAAGCUGCCUGCCUGGCUAAAUACUGGAGCUAUGUUGAAAAUUCAUUUCUCCAUCACUCACAUGUAUGAAAUGACAUAUGAAACAGACCCCAGGUUGAAAAAAAACGAAGUUCCCCUUUAAGCUGACUAAAUAAAGGGAAAUAUAGUUUCAGCAUUUCACUGCCAGGAUUUGACUACCGCCACAUUUGGCAAGAAAAUUAGUGUAGAUGUGCAGAUUAGAGUGAAAGUCAUUGUGGAAUGCACCUAUUUUUGUUUGUUUUACUCAGAACAGGCAGAAAGAUGAGAAGGUUGAUAUUAUGUCUGUAGAGUUAGAGCUUAGCUUAGUGCAUAGACUGUAAACAGGGAUGAGGAGCUCACCUGGUUGCUGCAAAACACAAUGGAAUCUGUCUAGUACCACUUCUAAUUCCUGCAUUAUAAAACACUUACACUGCAAUGUAUAAAAAGUACAUAUGGUGUAACCAGAUGUACCGGAAGCUAAAGACUUGAUAUUUUGUCCAGGCUAGCCUCUGUUCCACUCGUUUCUAUAGCUCUGUACAAUGUCACAUUCAACAUUCUCAGUGUAAAAAUGAAGUGAUUUCAGGGGUUUACUUUCCAUCAUAAUCAGCAUCCACUACAGCACUGGUUUUCAGACUUUGUAACUUUAUAAUUUUACAAAGUUGAAGAAAUGAUUACGUUGCAGAAAAUAUAUAUAUAUAUAUAUAUAUAUAUAGAUUAUUUAAUAUAUUAAAUAAUGUGUUAUUGCAGCUACACCUGCAUUUGUUAUUUUAUAAUAACAUAUUAAUAUAUUAUUUUUAUAUUUGUAUUAUAUAACAGCAUUGCAAAAUAUUGCUAUUAUUAAUAUAUCUAUAUUUCAACAAUAAUAUUAAUAGUAUAUUAACAAUACUAUGUAAUUAAAUAGCAUAAAUGUAGGUGUAGCUGGAAACUAUUAAAUAAGAUUAUCUAAUAUAUUAAUAUAUACUUAUAGUUAAUAUUCUUAUUAACAACAAUGACAUUACCAAUGUUAUGUUAUUAAUAAGAAAUAGCACAUUGUAUUUAUUAUAUUAAGUGCUAUAUUAUUAUGUAAGGGUGUUAAGUAUAAUAAAAAAUAUGAAUUAUUGUUAUUACUAAUGUGUGUCAUCCUGGAGUCAGAGCGAGGCUAACUGUUUCCCUCUAUUUCCAGUCUUUAUGCUAAGCUAACCUAGCUGAUCUUUACUCAUAUACAGAUAUAAAUAGCAUCUUAUCUUAGCAAGAAAGUAAAUCAGUACGUUUUUUUAAAAAAAAAGGAAAGUUACAGUUCUCAUAAUAUCUCAUGUUGCUCUUAUUUGUGUGUAAUGUGUAGUUGAUGAUGUUACUGUUUAUUCAUCUGUAAAUAAAGCUUUAAUAAACACG